AUGGGAGCCACUACUCUCGGCAGCCCAGAUGCUAACAAGGGUUUAAAUGGCACGAAGAAAACCAUCACAGACUUCUUUGGAAAGUCAUCUCAGAACAACCCAGCCAUUGAAAGCAAGCCUAAGGAUUUAUUUGGCUAUUUCUCCAAGCCAUCUUUUGGCAAGACUAAUAAUUUGGCAGAAGAACAUUCUCCUUUGGCAAGCAGUCCAAAGGCUCACAAGGGAGGCAUGCCUGUCAGUAAUUCCCCAAAUUCAAUUGGCUCAAAGAAAAAGAAAAGGAAGCGCAAUGACAAGGCAUUGAUUACCAAUGAUAGCCUUGAUGAGGAUGACAAUAUAACAGAGAAGUGUGAUGAGAACAUAGUUGAUACUAAUGUUGAAAUUCCAGUUUCCAAGAAAGAAGAAGAAGAAAUCAAGUUAGACAAAAUUAAAAGUAAUGAAGAGGAGACGGCAGAAAGUUCCUCAAAAGAAGACAUCAUUGACAAAUCUGAAAAAGGCUCUAAGAGAAAAAGUCACAGGAAUAUACCUGCGACUGAUGGGAAUGCUGCUACCAAUCUGGGAACAAGGAGGAGUGCUCGUUUGAGAGAUCACAAAACCUCAGCACAUCCAAGCCCUACAGAAGGAACACAGUCUCAACCAAUGACUUCUAAGACGCACAAGGAAAAGAGAAAAUCUGAUUCUCUGAACACUGUUGGCUCCUCAGAGAAAUCUAAGGAAGCAUCAGCUAGAAAAGAAUUAAAUAUGAAACAAGAUGAUAUGGGGAAACUUGCACCGAUCUUUGUAAAAAAGAAGGAAAAAGAAAAAGAGAAAGUGAUUAGUGAGGUUGAUUCAGAAGCGCUAAAAUUGCGGCGGGCAUUUUUGAUGAGCGGCUUGACAGAAGAAGCUAAAAGGCAGCAGCAGCAGCAAUCCAAUGCAAUGCUCUCCCUGGCAGCUGUUAACUAUCCCCCAAUUCCUGUUGAAAACCAUGUCCAACAAAUACCUUUUAAAGAGGAUGGAAAUGAAGGAAUGGAUCUAGAUGUAUGGAAUCUAACCAAAGUCUCCUUACCUGGCCUGACAGUUUCAGAUGAAAAUUUAAAAGUUUGCUUUUUGGAAACACCUGAAUGGAGUUGCCCUUCUUCUUUGCUGAGGACCCAUGAAGAUAAAGAGAUUCAACUUUUAUCAAACAAGGCAUUUUCUGGUCACAGACUUCUAUCUGAAUCUGAUGUGAAUGCUGCAAUUAAGAUUUUGUCAGAAGCCAAUCCUUCAUAUCCUGUUCGACGCUUCUAUGAAAUGGCCAAGACAAAAAACAAAAACAGUUUAAAGCCUGAAGUGGAAAGCACAGAACCUAAAGAGAAACCUGCUGCAAAAACAAAUGAAACAAAGGGUCGCAGUGUCACCAGGCGAAGUCUUGGACGAAGAAAAGCUACCCAGAAUGCCACAAACAAGGACGUAACUGAAGAAAGUGCCCAGAAAGAGAACGGUGACAAAAUGGACUGUCCUCUUGAAGAGAAAGGCUGUGAUAUUUUGUGGACCGAGAAGUACCAACCUCAACAUUCAGUUGAGGUGAUUAGCAACUGUGGCAAUUUGAAGAAGCUAAAAUCCUGGCUACUUGAAUGGAAGCAACAAACUGACCGUGAAAUUCGUAAAUUGAAAAAGCUGCUUAAAAAACAAAGAAAGCAAAAGAAAAGCAAAGGAGAAGACAGUAGUUCAGCUUCUUCUUGGAUGGAUGAUGACAGUAACUUUGAAACAUCAACAAGUGAGAGUGAAGAUGACUCUAUAUGUAACACAAUGUUGCUGACUGGACCUCAUGGAGUUGGCAAGACAUCUGCCAUCUAUGCAUUGGCUGCAGAGCUUGGUUACCAGAUUUUUGAGGUCAAUGCUUCCUCAGCUCGCAGUGGCAAGAAAAUUCUCACCCAGUUGCAGGAAGCUACACAAUCUCAUCAAGUCUCAAAGGACAAAACUGAACGAACAACAAAUCUUGGCCUCGCAAGUAAUUUGACAACUCAAAUGAAAGAACCUGCCAAAACGACUCAGAAGAAAAUAGCACAGACAUCAUUUGCCAAUUUUUUUAAGUCAUCCAGAAACAGUAAAACUGAUUCUGUGAGAGAUUCCCAGAAAAUAAAACCUGAGACUGCAAGCGGUAAAAAAAAACAAGCUUUUUGUACAAAUGGUGAGAAGAAGACUGGUAAGACUUUAUCUUCGACUCUCAAGUUGGCCUCUGAGUCUUGCAAAUCAGAUCUUAAUGACAGCAAUUCAAAUUCUGCUUUUGGCACCACCACAGAUAAGAUGAAGAAACGAGUCAACAUUUCCCGUACAUCACUCAUCCUCUUUGAUGAGGUCGAUGUUGUUCUUGAAGAAGACAAAGGAUUCUGGGCUGCUAUUCAAAAUUUCAUGCAAUCAACCAAGCGACCCAUCAUUCUAACUGCUUCUUCUGCUGAUAUUAUUGAACAGUUUGGCAAUUGUUGUGAACACCUUAGCUUUCGACUCCCAUCCUCCAAAGUCAUCACAAGCCAUUUGCAGACAUUGUGUUUAGCAGAAAAUGUGCUGACUGACUCUUCCGAAAUGACAUCUCUUGUUGACUACUUCAAGGGAGAUAUGCGCUUGUGCCUAUUUGAACUAACAUCGUCAUCUUUUUUCUCUUUUUUCUUUUAUCUUUUUUCUUUUAUCUUUUUUCUUUUCUUUCUUUUCUCUUCUUUUCUCUUCUUUUCUCUUCUUUUUUCUUUUUUCUCUUCUUUUUUCUUUUUUCUCUUCUUUUUUCUUUUUUCUCUUCUUUUUUCUUUUUUCUCUUCUUUUUUCUUUUUUCUCUUCUUUUUUCUUUUUUCUCUUCUUUUUUCUUUUUUCUUUUUUCCCUUUUCUCGUUUCUUUCUUUUCUCUUUUCUUCUCUUUCUUUUCUCUUUUGUGUCUUUUCCUCUUUCCCCCUUUUCUUUUUCCCCCCUUUUCUUUUUCUCUUUCCCCCUUUUUCUUUUUUCUUCUUUUCUUUUCUCUCUUUACUCUUUUCUUUUUUCUUUCUUUUCUCUUUUUUUUUUCUUUUUCUCUUUUUUCUUUCUUUUCUCUUUUCUCUCUUUCUUCUCUUUCUUUCUUUUCUCUUUCUUCUCUUUCUUUUCUCUCUUUUCUCUCUCUCUUUUCUCUCUUUCUUUUCUCUCUUUCUUUUCUCUCUUUCUUUUCUCUCUUUCUUUUCUCUCUUUCUUUUCUCUCUUUCUCUUCUCUCUUUCUCUUCUCUCUUCUUUCUUUUUCUUUUCUCUUUUUGUUCUCUUUUUUUUCUCUUUUCUCUUUUUGUUCUCUUUUUUUCUCUUUUCUCUUUUUGUUCUCUUUUUUUCUCUUUUCUCUUUUUGUUCUCUUUUUUUCUCUUUUCUCUUUUUGUUCUCUUUUUUUCUCUUUUCUCUUUUUGUUCUCUUUUUUCUUUUCUCUUUUUUCUUUUCUCUUUUUUCUUUUCUCUUUUUCUUCUUUUCUCUUUUUUUUCUUUUCUCUUUUUUUUCUUUUUCUCUUUUUUCCUUCUUUUCUCUUUUCUUUUUUCUCUUUUUUUCUUUUCAAUUUCUUUUUCCCCUGCCAUUUUCCUUUUCUUUUUCUCCAUUUACAGAUGCGCUUUCAUGGGAGGACCUCACUCCAUUCUGUCACCAUGGAUAUCAGCACCAUUUCUCCUUGCUUCACCGGCUGUUCACCUCCAAAUUGCCCCUUCCCCGGAAAUCUUUCCCACUCCUUCCAAACAGAGUGCAUUUGCUACAGAAAUCAAACAAACCUAUGAAACAAUGCAAUGGUUCUCCCCAGAUUGGAGACUUCAUUGCAGACAAUGCAUUGUAUGACAGUGAAACAUCUUUGGAUGAGCCAAUAUUUUUAUCUAUACCCAAACCAAAAGAAAAGGAUGAUAAAAUAGACACAAACUCACAGCCAAUUAGUUGUUCCCAGGAAUCAAAAUCAAGUUAUUCAGCAUGUCAGCCAGUUAAUCUCCAGACAGAAAGCCUCCCAGUGGAGGAAAUCACUUAUCCAAGUCCAAUCACGGAACUCCAUCCCCAAGAUAUUUGUCAGCAAAGAAAUUGCGAAAAUAAAAUCCUCAGCAGCAUGGCCAAAUUCUAUGAAUGUUCUUCAUAUAAUGACAUAUUCUUGAAGUCUUGUGGGCAUACAGCACCUUGUAGUCCUUUAUUCCGAUAUUCUGCAACUAGCCGAUCAACACUGACUGCUGGCUUAUGGGACGAACUGCCUGUGGAAGAUACUAGUGCACACAUCUUACGUCUAUGUCUGGAGAAUACACUUGACAUGGCUGCCAAUUUGGAAUUAAGAACAUAUGUGAACUGCCUUCAAGACAUUUCCCAGGCAGCUGAGAAUGUAAUCAAAGGACAUGAAUAUUCUAUUUCCAUUGCUCCUCAACAAGAAACCUUUGGAUUAGCCAAUUUACAAUCACGUGAUCGAAGUCAUAGCCUGGCACAAGAGAGAGCUAUGGAGAAUGUCCUCAGCAGCAUUCCAUUGUCUUCUGGAGUCCAGCACUAUUCACUUUAUCUUGAUUACUUACCAAUGUUACGUGAAGUGUGCAGAGUGGAGAAGACAAGACAAUUGGCCAAGAUGAAGAGACGGUUUUUUCAUUAUUUUGACAACAUUGGCUUUCCCUUGAGAGAAUCUACAUUGAAUGUAUUGGCCAAUGGCUUUACGUGA